GCGUGGCGGCGGCGGCGCGCGGCCCCGGGCGCACCAUGGCCGAGCUGCUGCGGAGCCUGCAGGAUUCCCAGCUCGUCGCCCGCUUCCAGCGCCGCUGCGGGCUCCUCCCCGCGCCGGACGAAGGCCCGGGGGAGAACUGCGCGGCGCCCGGGCUCGAGCAUCUCCCGGCGGCCACCGGCAAGGGCUGCGGGGAGCCGGCCAAUGGGCUGCGGAGGGUCGCGGCCCCGCAGGCUGAUGUACAGAAGUACAUUGUGAAGAAUUAUUUCUACUAUUACCUAUUCAGAUUUUCAGCCACUUUGGGUCAAGAAGUGUUCUACAUCACGUUUCUUCCAUUCACUCACUGGAAUAUUGACCCUUAUUUAUCCAGAAGACUGAUCAUCAUAUGGGUUUUGGUGAUGUAUAUUGGCCAGGUAGCCAAGGACAUCUUGAAAUGGCCCCGCCCGUCCUCCCCUCCUGUUGUGAAACUGGAGAAGAGAGUGAUUACCGAGUAUGGAAUGCCGUCUACCCACGCCAUGGCAGCCACGGCCAUUUCCUUCACCAGCCUCAUCUCGACUAUGGACAGAUACCAGUAUCCUUUUGUUUUGGGACUGAUGAUGGCUGUGGUGUUUUCCACCUUGGUGUGUCUCAGCAGACUUUACACGGGGAUGCACACGGUCCUGGAUGUGCUGGGUGGUGUCCUGAUCACCGUGGUCUUCAUUGUCCUCACCUACCCUGCCUGGACCCUUAUCGACCGCCUGGACUCUGCCAGCCCCCUCUUCCCUGUGUGUGUCAUAGUGGUGCCGUUCUUCUUGUGUUACAAUUACCCCGUGUCUGAAUACUACAGCCCCUCCAGAGCAGAUACCACCACCAUUCUGGCCGCCGGGGCAGGGGUGACCAUAGGAUUCUGGAUCAACCAUUUCUUCCAGCUCAUGUCCAAGCCCACUGAAUCUUUCCCUGUUACUCAGAACAUCCCACCACUCACCACUGACGUGUUUGUUUUGGGUCUGACCAAAUUUACUGUGGGAAUUGUGUUGAUCCUCCUGGUUCGUCAACUUGUACAAAAUCUCUCACUGCAAGUAUUAUUCUCGUGGUUCAAGGUGGUCACCAGGAACAAGGAGGCCAGGCAGAGACUGGAGAUCGAAGUACCUUACAAGUUUGUCACCUACACGUCUGUUGGCAUCUGUGCUACAACCUUUGUGCCAAUGCUGCACAAGUUUUUGGGAUUACUCUGAGCCUCAAAUGGUUGGAAAUUAGCCCACUGGACAUGAGAACCAAGACAUAGGAAAGUUGUUGGGUGGGCAAGUCUUGACAACAGAGUUUUCUUUAAAAAAAAAAAAAAAAAAUCCUUGGGCCAGCCGGGUGGCAUAGCAGUUAAGUGCGCGCACUCUGCUUAGUGGCUGGGGUUUGCGGGUUCAGAUCCCAGGCACGGACCGACGCACUGCUUGUCGAGCCAAUAUAGGGCGUCCCAUAUAAAGUAGAGGAAGACGGGCACAGAUGUUAGCCCAGGGCCAGUCUUCCUCAGCAAAAAGAGGAGGAUUGGCAAGGGAUAUUAAUUAGCUCAGGGCUGAUCUUCGUCACAAAAAAGUAAUAAUAAAAUCCUUAAGUCACA